UCGUAAAAAAAAACUCAAAUUCCGACUAUUCCGAGGACCGAGAUCCGAUUGUCAAACUUGGUGUUGGAUUUCACUUUAGUUUCACCAACUAAUCUGAUGAUUUGAAAACCACUGAACAUUUCGUUAUCAAGACUUCAUCCCUCUUUUCGAUGCCCUAUAUUAUUGUCCGAGGGAAUUUGGCCUCUUAUGAUAACCGAUAUCCGUGGAGAGUAUUGGUGUCUGGAUUAAAAGCUGAGGACAUAGAACAGUUGAAGAGGUUUGCUUGCGGAGGUUACUGUGACGAGUCAACGAUCGUCUACCUCCAACACCCCUGUGUUAUUCUUACUGCUCUUGAAGUGCUCGGUUAUCAGGUGGUUGCUUCAUCUUCUACUGCGGUAAAGCAAGAUUACAACGAGUAUAUGUGGACGAUGCGUAAAGACUUUAGUGAGCCUGAGCCUCCUUUAGUUACCAAGUAA